UGGCAAGUAACGGUUGGGGAAAUUUGUAUAAUGUGAAAACAUAAGGACCACAGCAAAAUUUCAGAAAACAUACGGACGACACUGUAAUUGUCAAGAAUUUUAAAGGAGUUCGAUGAGAUCAAAUCCAAACCGAGAGCAUUCUACACUUACGCUACACAAUUUUCCAUUCCAGCUGUGGUGUUCUCACUGAUCGGGACAGUCUACGCAUUGAUCGAUCUCUUGUUUUUUGAGGUAAUUAUUAUGUAAUUGGAUGCCAAGAUGUCUUCAGCUCAGGAUCCAUUUUACAUCGUUAAGGAAGAGAUUCAAGAUUCUAUAGAUAAGUUGCUGUCUAAUUUUCACAAAUGGGAACGCAUCCCUGCGGAUAGUCAGGAGCAACAAAAGCUCACAAAGGAGUUGCUUGUUGGUUGUGAGAGCAUUGAGUGGCAGGUGGAUGAAUUGGACAAAGCAAUUUCUGUAGCUGCUAGAGAUCCUUCUUGGUAUGGGAUAGAUGAAGCUGAACUUGACAAAAGAAGGAGAUGGACAAGCACUGCUCGUACUCAGGUGGGCAACAUGAAGAAAAAAGUAGUAGCUGGAAACGAGUUGGAUGAUAUAAGCACUUCUAACGUAAAUGGGAUGCGCCGUGAACUAAUGAGGAUGCCAAAUUCUCAUCAGACUGACAGAUCCAAUCAGUAUGCUGCUCAGGACAAUGAUGAUUUCAUAUCAUCAGAAUCAGACAGACAACUGCUUCUCAUAAAGCAACAGGAUGAGGAGUUGGAUGAGCUUAGUGCAAGUGUGGAGAGAAUUGGAGGUGUUGGACUUACUAUACACGAAGAACUCCUUGCACAGGAGAAGAUUAUAGAUGAGUUGGGUAUGGACAUGGAAAGUACAACAAAUCGUCUUGAUUUUGUCCAGAAAAAGGUGGGUAUGGUGAUGAAGAAGGCUGGGGCUAAGGGACAGUUGAUGAUGAUAUUGUUCUUGGUUGUUCUGUUCAUUGUUCUAUUUGUUCUGGUCUUCCUCACCUAGACUAGAGGAAGAAGCCAGUCGGCAAUUGCAUAUACGUGGAAGAGGGUUCUGACGAUCAGGAAUAAUAUCUCAAACUUUCCAAGGAAUGAAAACUGAAUUGUUUGAUCUCCUGGUUUUCUUGAAUAAUUGUUAUCUGGGAAUAUUGCACUCAACAGAAAUCUACCUUUUUGGAAAGUGUUUUAUAUAUUUUUCCUCACUGCUUGGAGAAUUGGUGUAAGGUUGGGAGUAAACAGG